AUGGCUGCAGCCGUCAUGCUCCCUCCAGCACCACCCAAAGUGGUUGGUCCAACAACAAAGAAAGCAACGCGUCCAACGAACAAGCUCCCCCAGUUCUUGAUUGAUGAAGCGCUCGUUGGGGGGAAAGAAGUGUUUGAUCCAACAAAGCACUUGAACUUCCAACCUCCCGAGAAUGUCUACACCAUGAAACAAAUAGGACUCGAAGGGCACGGGAUCUCCCCAGUGGCAGCCUCAGAGCCAUUCCCCCUUUUCACCACCGAAGCAAUCAAGCAGAUACGCGCUGAGAUCUUCAGUGAGCCUGUACUCGAGCAUUGUCAAUAUGCGUCGACCUUUGCCAAGAAUAUGGUUCGGGGCAUGGGACGAGCACGCGCUCCGUUUACGUACGAUGCUUGGACUUGUCCGGAUCUUCUUACCAAACUGUCCAAGGUUGCAGGGAUUGACCUCGCUCUGGCGUUGGAUUUCGAAAUCGCCAAUAUCAACAUCUCGAUUAAUGAGCAGACCACGACCAUUAUGCAAAGUGAAGGUACCCCAGUGGAGAAUGACCCGCCUGCUUUUGCGUGGCACUAUGACAGCUUCCCUUUCGUGUGCGUGACUAUGCUUUCGGAUUGUACCGGUAUGGUCGGAGGUGAAACUGCUAUUCGAACGCCUUCGGGGGAAAUAUUAAAGAUUCGGGGCCCGGCCAUGGGAACUGCCGUGGUCAUGCAAGGGAGAUAUAUCGAGCACCAAGCGCUGAAAGCCAUGGGUGGGCGCGAGCGUAUUAGUAUGGUGACUGCCUUCCGCGCAAAGUCUCCUCUCAUUAGAGACGAGACUGUUUUGACAGGUUCACGACCUAUCAGCAAUUGGUCUGAGCUGUAUACUCAGUAUACUGAGUAUCGAUUGGAACUGUUGGAAGAGCGUAUUCGUACGAAGCUGAAGGCGGAGAAGCACAGAGACCUUGCAAAGCGUCCAUUCAAUAUCCCUGAUAUGCAGAGAUUCUUGAAUGAGCAGAAGCUGUUUUUGGAGGAUAUGGUUUCCGAGCUUAUCGAGGUGGAGGAUAUGGACUAG